AUGGACGCGAACAGCGGCGCUUACGAAUCUAUCCAUCUUGAUCGGCUGGUUCACUUCGAGAUGGACACGUACUUGGUUGGAGCGGCACUCCUAUUGUGGAGACUCCGCAUGCAUCCCGAAGCUAGGACCACACUUACCCUCGACGCGCAGCGCCCUGUUCCUCCCGCCCACCUCGAACAAGCAUGCCUUAUCAUGCGCAAACGCCACGCGGCACCUCAUAACGGCUUCCAAACGAUACAAGUCAGUGACUUUGUGGGGCCUAACCGCGAUACCCUAGUCACUCUUUCUGCUUGGAGGGACGAUGCGCCCCAGCACCUUCUACAUGACUUUGACCUGGGACAUGUCGAAUGCCAUCCUCCCGACUUCCAGAUCACGUUCACGUGCGAUUUGAGUUUCAGGCCCAUACUUCAACUUGAGGACAUCGUCAACAUCGUCUCCCUCGAUGGCGUUCGAAAUCUGUCCUUACAGGCCGCCCCUACGUUGUAUGGCCACCAGUAUGCGGUGUGGGAUGCUAUCUUCCAUGCACUCCCCCAGUUUAAUUUGACGUGGUUACGCCUCGAUGGUUAUUCGGCACAUGCCUUCAUCGUGAACGAAGACGCAUUACAAGGCCAUGUUCUCCCCCGUCUCCAAACACUGACCCUCUUCGGUGUACCUUGGAAACCGCAUUGGGCUGCUGGUCCAGACUACCGCCAGUCCCUGGCUCGGCUACUGAAGUCACGAGAAGCUAGUGAUACACCGGUGUCUGAGCUUUUGGUGGAGGACAACGACAUACAUACCAUGGCGCUAGUCGGAGUUCUAGGGCAAGAUGUAGUCCAUGUCUUAGAGCCUGUAGAUGAGAUGUCCGCGAGAGCGCUUGCGGCUCGCUGGAGCUAG